AUGCCGGCUUCAAAUCAAUCAACAUUUAUGACCGCGUGCUUAUCAGAAGAAAAGAAAAUGAGUAGAAGAGAACCAAUCUCUUAUGAAACAGAUAUAUCAGUCUUCAUGUUGAUCUCUGUGAUAAUCAAUUUAAAGUGGACUUCUGUUUGCAUUAUUUUUGAUAAGGAGACAGAAAAAGAAGCUUUGUAUUUUCAUGAACGUCUUUCUUAUUACGACAUUUUUGCUGUAACCUACGAUAUGGAGGAGAUAACAUCUUCUGAUAUAGAUGAUUUGUUAGAUGCAGAGUCAACCAAUUCACAGAAAGUUCUUAAAUUCAUAAUGUAUUGUCAUUCACAAUUAGGUGAGAAGUUUUUAUCACAGUGGAAGCCAUAUGUGGAGAUAGACGACAAAACAAAAGAGUAUAAAGGAAUGACCAUUGAACUACUGAACGAAUUAUCACGGAGACUAAAUUAUUCUUAUGAACUUAAGUCGCCACCUGAUGGAAAAUGGGGUGUGGUAUCGGGCAAUAACGUUUGGAACGGUUUGAUUGGACAGUUGCAACGUAGAGAAGUGGAUCUGGUUGCUGCACCACUAGUUAUAGAUGUUCUCAGAGAAACUGUAGUAGAUUUCACACAGCCAUAUUUUCAUGAAAAAUCAGGGAUUAUCAUAAAGAAACCAGUUGCAUCGUAUUCAAAGAAAUUACACGUUCCAGUUAAUUCAAUAGUGUUUCUCUGUAUAGGACUUUCUUUAAUAGUUGUUACAUUUUGUCUGUUCCUUUUCGAACAGUUCAAUCCGUAUAAUAAAAACGUUGCCGUAAGAAUGAAGAUCAGAGGACUGCAUCAUUUAUCUGACUCGUUCUGGUACGUGAUUGGAGCAAUACUUCGCCAUGGUGGACAGCAUGUAGCCGCUUCGUCAGCAGGAAAAACACUACUGAGUUGCUGGUGGCUAUUUUGCAUCUUAAUGGCGGCCACAUAUAGUGGCAAUUUUGUUGCAAUCUUGACAGUGACAAAGGAAACGCUACCUUUUGAAGACGCAGAAGGAUUAGUUGCACAAAAUACUUAUAAAUGGGGCACAUCUGGUUCAACAAUUUUCGAAACAAUUUUAAAGAGUUCAGAAUUACCAGAACGCCAAAAGUUAUGGAAUGGCAUAUUGGAAUUCAACAAGAGUGAUCCAUCAGUUUUAAGUAGCGACCCGGCUGAACAGAUACGCAAAGUUAGAGGUGGUUAUUAUGCUUAUAUUGGAGAAAGGAUAUACCUUGAUAUGGCAAUAGGAAAAAAAUGUGAUAUGACAGUGAUCUCAUCUUCCGAUUUUCAUCCCCUGUUAAUAGCUCCUGCUUUGCCGAACAAUUCUCCCUUUCUGAAUGUUUUUUCUGAUGAAAUCGUCACGAUCAUUGAAACUGGAUUGAUUCAAAUGUGGCAGCAAAAAACAUGGCCAAAACCAACAAACUGUCAAGAAGCGUCAGUAACCGACGCGAAAACUAUCACUGUCUUGGAUUUUCAUUUUGCGUUCUGUUUGUGUGGACUAGGAGUGAUAUUAGCUAUUUUGUCGCUAAUAUUUGAAAACAUAAAACAAAAAUGGAUACUUAGGCAAAGCAGAAGACAAAAAGAACAGAUGAUAAAAACGUCUAUGAAAGAUAUUUCACCAAUCGAAGAGUUUUAUAGAAACUUAAAUGCUGUCAAAGAGACACCCUUGAAAAUUGCAAUUCGUCGACAGAUUUUAGAUACUCCACGAAGUUUGGAAAAUAAGCGUAAAAAUUAUUCCAACUAA